AAUUUCUCAACGCCAUUUGCUGUCACUAUAAACCCUAAGAAUCGAAUCCUUAAACCGAUAAAUCUGAUUCCUCCCCGGAAAAUCUCGUCGUUUUCUUACUUUCCCAGGAAAAUCGAAAGAAACAGCGUAAAUGGCGGAUGAGGUGGUAAUUCACGGUGGCGUUGAUGAUCGUGCGGCGAAGGGGAUCUCCGACUCCGAACAGGGACAGGAAAAAGAGAUUGAGGAAAUGGAGAACAAGAACCAAGAGCUAACGAGGGAGAAUCUUGAGAUGAAGGGGAGGUUAGAGAGGCUAUCGGGAGAAAUCGAAGAGAUGAAAGGUGUAGAUGCGGAGAUGAAUCAGAGGUUCGGAGAAAUGGAGAAAGAGAUUGAGGAAUACGAGGAAGAGAAGAAAGCUCUAGAAUCUAUUUCUACGAGAGCUGUCGAGCUCGAAACAGAGGUGUCGAAUCUUCAGGAGGAUCUGAACACUUCCUUGACAGGAUUGGAUAAGACGGCGGAAGAAGUGGCGGAGCUGAAGAAAGCGUUGGCGGAGAAAGGGGAGAAGCUGGAUGGGUAUGAGAAGGAAGCUGAGGUUUUGAGGAAAGAUAGAGCUGAGGUCGAGAAGAGGGUUAGAGAUUUGGAGAGGAAAAUUGGGGUUUUUGAAGUGAGGGAAAUGGAGGAGAGGAGCAAGAAACUUAGACUAGAAGAGGAGAUGAGGGAGAAAGCGGAUGAGAAAGAGAGGGAGAUAAACGAAUUGCAGAAGAAAGUCGGUGUCUUGAAUCUGGAAUUGGUGAAGAAUGGAGAGGAAUUGGAGAAAUGCAAGUCUGAGAAGAAGCUCACAGAGGAAGCUCUGAGUGAAGCUGGAAUAAGAGAGAAGGAGAUGGAGUUGAAGAAGGACGAGUUGCUGAAGAAGGUUGAAGAAGCGAAGGAGACGAUAGUUGAGUUGAAUGAGAGAACCUUGAAUCCUGGUAAUGGAGGUUCAGUAGUCGCAAGAGACACAAAGGUUUCCAUGGAAGUAGAGUUGUGGCCAGUGGUUGCUGCUGGUUUGGUUGCAGCGACCUUGUUCGUCUGCUAUUCUAAGCUAAGGUGAUUUUGAUAAAUCUUUAGCGGAGGAAUAACUGAUGACCAAUUUCUUAAGAUUGAUUUCAAGAAUGGAUUAUACAGGUUGGCUACAAAUUUGUUUUGGGUUUGGAAUUUGUGAUUGUUUUUGGUUGUUGGAUAUCAUGUUUUUGUUGAUGCGAAAUCUUCAGUUUUGUUAUGCCAUGAAAGAAUUUCGUAACUGUUCUUUAUAACUUGUACUUGUCGUCUCGUCAUUUUCGUCAAUUUACUGG